UUACUAGGUACUAGUAAAUUGUUUGUUAUUUUUAUACAACUACCGCAGUCAGUACACUAGAGCCGCAAAAAUAUCCAAAUUUUGUAGAGUUCGAGUUCCUUCCUUUGGCACAAACCAUAAGUUCAUCAGAUUGUCGGACAUACGGUAACUAUUCCACAAUACAUUGUCUGUUCCCUUAUGGAGCAGAUCUUUGAGUUCCCGGCUCGUGCAAUGGGUCUGGGAUUGGUCCAGAUGCCGCAGAUGCAGAUACCAAUCCCGUGUAGGAGGGGGUAUUCGCUAAAUCCGAACGCAGUGGAAUUCGUGCCAUCUUUUCGCCAGAAGCCCGAGCUUCCAAGUCUAUCGACCAAAACGGAGGCGACCUCAACUACAACAUUGCUGCGUCCCGAGGUCGUUGGUGAUGCCGCGAAUACUGUUGAAAAUGAUGUUUUUCUCGAGCGCCAGAUCUUUGACACACUAAGUCAACUGGGAGAUGAGCAAAUGCCUCUGGAAGAGAUCGCGGUGGGUGUAUUACCAGGAGGACAAGGUCUUAGUAUGACUUUCACCACCAAAGAGCACGAUCAGCUGCAGCCUAUGGACCGAAAUACUCUAGUAAAGCACAGUCGACAGAUCCUCCAGCUGGCUGUGGGCGAUCACGAGAAGCUGGCAAACAGACCUGAGACCGUCCUUGUUGCCCAAUUCCUCAUCCGGGUCAACGAUCUUUUGAACGAGAAGUAUGACUACGGUGGAUCCGUGUGUCCCAGGUGCACCCUGUGCUCAAAUCGCAGCUAUACGGAGCUGGAAAUCGAAAACCAAAUCGACUGCAUAAAGGCUUUUGAGAAAUUUUUCACCUUUACGGAAUCAACUCGCUACCAAGACAUAGUUUCUCACAAAGCCUUUAAGGAGCUGUGCCACAGGCUGGGAUUAAUCGUGAGUCGAGAUCAGAUCCAGGUGAACCGCCCUUCCACAGUGGUCCCUCCACCCACGGCACAGUCCUCUAGUAUAACCAUUUGCAUGUCCAAGAACGAAAUGGAAUCUGAUGUUGAGGCCAAGGCUUAUAGAGGAGAUGACGAAUCCAAUUUCAACGGUUGUGAACUGACCGCGAAUGGAGGUCAACAGCCAUCUAUUUCAAAUGAAUAUUUGAGGGGAAAGCUUUACAGAUACGAAGACUCUCAGGGAUGCCAGUUGGUCAACGAACUGAAUGUAAGUCAACAAAAAAUUGAAGCUAUGGAGGUAGAUGAAUUCGAGUUGGAUUUACCAUCUACCACGAAGCCCAAGACCGUGGUAACCGCUAGUGUGCCGGCAACCUUUCCUCGGGUGUACAAAUCAGCCAAAGCCAAAUGCUCGGCUCGAGGGGCAGGAUCUAGUGGUCAACAGAGUGGCUACAAUAACAGGGCAGUCCGUUUAAUGACGCAGCCGUCAAAGGGCUCACCCACGACUUCACAUUUUCGGACUAUUGCAGUUGGUUGCCACCACCAAGCUGGAUCGGCUGCCCCCCGAAAGCUCCAAAUGGAUUCGUGCCCAACCGGGGCUGCCCGCAAGCAAAAUAGGUUGACUGAAGCUAAAUCAAAAAUUUACCAGCCAUCUGGCAGUUCGCAAAGACUUUCAACAGGUCGCGAUACAAAACUAGGAAAAUCUGGUACAAACGUACCAAAACAGAAGUCAAAUCAUAUUUGCAAGUCAGGAAAAAUGUCUACCACCAGCAGGAUUUCCAUGUCUAAUCCAAAGCAAACCAAUGGCAACCCACAGCGAAUGAUGCCAAGAAGCACAAACGCCUCAAUGAUGCGUCAGUCCGAGGUCAAGCGGCGCAUGAGUUUGAUGCGCGCCGACAGUGAUUCGGAUCUGCUAUACAACGAAUAUCUCUUCAAAUGAUUUGCAAUAAGUUAUAUGGAUUUGUUCCUUCCCUUUCAAAAAUUAGUUUUUCCAAUCCAAAUACCUAGGUUAUGUUAAAAUUAAAAUUGAAACCAAGACUGGGAAAACAAGUAAAGAAAGUGUAAUC